AAACAUAUUGCACAAACGCUCAUAAUUCUAUUUCACAUCAAAGCUACACUGUUUCCAUGUACAUGUGCAAAGAAGCAACACGGUGCCACUGCUAAGGGAGCGGUGCGAGAGAGACAACUGUCAGUUUAUCGAGCCUUGUAUUAUUGAAUCAUGCUGUAUAUACUGUGACUUUAUUUAAUUACGUUAACCAAAUGGUGUGAGGUAAAAAAUAGGACUCAGUCUCAAAGAGAAAACAGUUCAGAAACGAAAACAAAAAUAAGUUGUGUGUUUGAACAAUACAAAAAUAUGCGUUCUUCAUCAAAAGCGUGAAACUUGUACACAAGUUUUGGGUAAUGCCGCUGAGAAGACAAAUUGCUUCCUGCAAAAAUAAUGAUUUUUAAGGUGGUCUGUAUUUGGAUUAUACUUUGGCCGCUGCAAAGUUUUUUGGCAAAUGUAGUCACUAAUUGUCCAGACAUUUGUCAAUGCAAAACAACUUCCGAGAACAGUUCUUACAUCCGAGUAAAAUGCGGUGGGAUUAAAAAUAUGUCUGUAUCGGACUGGAAAGAAGUACAGCUUACUGAUAUUACAACACUCGUGGUAUCGCUUGAUUUAAGUAACAACGCAUUUCCAAUUCUUCAAAGUGAGGACUUUCAUAACUUAACUCAACUAAAGCGGUUGGAUUUGUCAUCAAAUAUGUUACGAAAAAUUGAUAAGGACACAUUUGCAGAUGCUUUACCUAAUCUGGAACGCUUGAAAUUGAGUAACAAUGCAUUACGGCACAUAUAUUCUGGAUCAUUUGAGCUUAUGUCGAAUUUAAAGCAUCUGGACAUAUCCAAUAAUCCCUUGGUAUGCAAUUGUGACUUAAUAUGGCUUUUAGCCUGGACCAACGACCGCUCAAUUAAAUUACAACCCUCUCCAAAAUGCGAGUCUCCAGUUUAUUUUAAAGGCACAUUCUUAAAAAAACUCAAGGUGGGCGUAGACUUGCAUUGUGAAUCUCCUCUACAAACGCUACUAGAGCUAACACCUUACAAAAAUCAGAUUGUUUUUGAAGGCGACGAACUUAUUUUUAAGUGUCGUGCCCCUCGUGUUGCCAUUGGAGUACCCCGAGAAUCCGAAGAUAUUCCAUCAACGCAAGCUCACAUAUUUUGGGGUUGGUCGCAAAAAAUUCGCGUACCAAAUUCCACUGAAGACAUCGUAUUCAACGAUCCUGAAAAAGAGUUUAAUGACAUUGAUAUCUCAACAAGGCACUUCUCAGAUUCGGGUAUACUUAAUUCUAUUCUCAAAAUUGGAAAAAUAAGUAAGAGCCACUCUGGGAUGUGGGACUGCACUCUGAAUUCACAACAGGCAAAUUUAUCUAAAUCGAUUGCAGUAAUGGUAAUAGCAAAAGAUACUCAAUACUGCCAGGCAACUGUAGUUCACACAAAUAAAGGGACAUAUUAUUGGCCUCAAGCAAUACGUGGAGAAAAUGUGAGCUUAGUUUGUGCCGAAAAUGAAAAUGAAAAGCUUAUAGCCACAUAUAAUUGCAAUCAACACGGAGAAUGGGAGAACUUAGAAACGGGCACUUGCCCAUUUGUGAGUGAAACUACUAGAAUACUUGAACAGUUUUCAAAAAUGAAUUUUACAUUAACUAAAAGUAGUUCUUACGAAAUAACUGAACGACUUCAUAAUUUCACACGUACGCAAUUAUAUUUAAAUAAUAUUAAGGAUCCGAUGGAUUUAGAGUUUAUUGUACGUACAUUAAGAAAAUAUGAUUAUUAUGCCACCAAUCAACAAGAUAUUUCAUACCUAAUACUUAGUAUAGUAUCACAACUCUUAUUGUUACCAAAAAGCCUAUUUGAGGAGGCACAAUUUCAGUAUGAAACCAGCCUUAAUAUGUUAAAUAUAAUGGAAAAAUCCUCAUCGAGUAUUCAAUCAUUCCCGUCUCCAUCUCAAGAAAUCUCAGUAGAGCCAUGGUCUAUUCCGAGGAAUAUAUUCGUGGACUUUUUCAAUAUUCACGUGGAUUCUUUUACAGGUAUAUCAUGUAUCUGGCUAAAUAAUGUUAAUAAUGUGGGAAGGCGUAAUUUUGAAUGCAACACUUCCAAUGAUACUUUUCCGAUUUUCGAAAGAUAUAUAGAUGCUGCUAUACAGAUACCAGUAAACGCACUAUUUGGUAAAUCUGAAAAAUCGAUUAGACUCAUGAUUGCAGUGUUUCGUAACGGAAAUCUCUUUGGUUACAACGGCAGAAAUAACAGUUUGCCUGAGGCAAGCAGAUUUAUUUUGACGUCUGUCGUGAUUGGUGCCAAAAUAGCAAAAGAUUCUAUUCAGACGCAGCCUUUAGUCGAUAUAAGUGAUAAAAUCUUCAUAAUAUUAAGAGCUCACCCUUAUCAUAACGAAAUAAGCUCACCGACUCCAGCGUGGUGGGAUAGUGAUAUAAAUGACUGGAACCCUCAAGAAUGUCGCAAAUUGUAUUUGCAUCGUGGCUUAUUGCUGUUUACAUGCAGACGCCUGGGCUACUAUGGUCUUCUUCAACGACGUGAGUACCUCAACGUCUACACAACCGAAGGUUCGGGAGCAACGUUCAGAUUUGCUCCCCUAAGCAUAUACUUGGGGAGUAUAAUAGUGUUUUGUUGUUCGUGGUUAAACAUUGCAACGUUCAUAGUUUUUCGUGAAGCGAUACGAAUGAAUCGGCAACAAAGACACUCGCUUGUGAACAUUUGGCUCUCUGUUUCGUCAUUGGCGGCAGUAUUUGCUAUUGGAAUUUAUGAAACGGAAUAUCCGCAUAUUUGCAGGAUAGUUGGAAUUCUUUUGCAUUACUUUUCUUUAUCUGUGUUACUAUGGCUGUGCGUUUGUCUAAGCAAUUUGUACAAAGGGCUGUCCAAAAAUCAUCGAGUAACCGCUGACCCCAACCUAUCCAGAGAAAACAAAGUAACGAAACCAAUACUUAGCAUAUAUUUAGUUGGUUGGGGAAUAGGAAUGAUAAUUUGCGGUAUAUCGAGUGCAGUAAAUAUCAAUGAAUACGCCUCGUAUUCAUUUUGUUUCCUACACAAUUCAUCGUCGUUCAAUGCGUUAUUUGUGCCAGCAAUAAUACUUCUAAUUUUCCUCGGAAUACUUAUGUUGUGUGUUUACUGCCACAUGAACCAUAGAGCGAUCAAUGUUCUGGCAAAUAAACAGUUUGCAGAUAAUACGAUCACUACAGAAAAUAUUGAUUUAGACUGGCUCGAUUUAAAGCAAAGCACAGGAGCAAGAGUAAAUCAUUAUUAUACUGGCAUCGAACAAUAUAGGAGCCUCACCCUUAGUAAUACUGCUAGCAGCAUAGUGGAUGACUUCGAAAGAUCGAAUAUAACACAUUUGCGGGCUCAUUUGUUAUUUUUGAUACUAUUCAUUAUCUCAUGGAUAUCAGCGGCACUGUUUGUGUAUCAGACAGCUGAAAAUUCGACGAGCCAUCGAAUGUACAGUGUAGUUUUUGCAAUAUCGUGUACUUUGCUGGGCUUUUUUUUGAUACUCUUUUACACUUUGUCCAGAAAUGAUACAAAAAGCGCAUGGAGCCGAAGGUUUUGCUUUGCUAAUGCCAUAUGCAAAGCUCACGAACAUAGUAAGUAUGAUACCAAUGUACCUUCAAACAUGCCUGCAAACAAAACUUCCGCUGUUUAUGAUGUAAGCGUAUCCGGGUCCAGGUCCAACAGCCAAUGUUCAAGGCAACGUAGUAGCAGCGUUCGAAGUAUGAAGAGCAAUUCGCAUAAGAAUGAACAACUUCUUCAGAGUAUUGAUUGCCCCUUACUGGGCACUGUCUCAUCGAACAUAAACCAACCACCCAUCAUCAACAAUCAUCACAUGACCGCAAACAGUCUUGCUACAGUACCCCUAACAUGCGAAAUACCCAGCGCUGAGGUUUUCUACAAUCCAAAUCAAAUAAUCGUUGCACGUAAGUUUUUUAAAAAGCAAAAGCGUUUGGCCAAGCGUAAUAAUUUCGAGCUGCAACGACAAGUAGAGCGCAUUGACUACAUGGAUAAUGUUAGUGACAUAUCGUCUUUAACUGGCAGUGAAAAUGGACACAUCUAUUCAAAACGACAUAAUGCCAUUACCCUCUUAAGAGGUGGUAGCAAAGUUAACAAUACAAAUAUAUACUAUAAACCAGGAGGGAAUUUGCACUCCGUUCCAAAGUCGCCGCAUUACACACCAAUCGAACAUUUUCGCGAUGGCAUCGCUUUGUCUAGAAUAAAUUCGGACAGCUCUACUCAAACUCGUACAAUUGCAACCGAUUUUGUUGCCAAUAUCUAUACUAAUAUACCUGAGACGAAGGAACCAAAGCAUGAAGUGAUUAAGGUUAGGAAUUCAAAUCGCUCUUGUAAACCAAGUCGUGUGGAAACUCUAAGCGAGCACGAAGAAAUUGAAGGUGAACAAAAUUUUUCAGAUGAACAGAACGUUCCGUUAUGUCAAAAUGCAUUAGCAGUAUCGACAGCAAUUAAGUCAAUUACUAAGGAGGAAUCAAAAUUAAAUCCACAAUCCCCAAUACCGCCACAGCCUCCGGAAUCUGUAGCGGUACCAACGAAAUUAGUGGAGACUGGAGAUGUAGAGGCAAUGAACAUUGUUGGUUUACCAAGUCUUGAAAGUAACACCAAAGGCCAAUCCAUAGUGGAAAAUAACUUUGAUUUAAAAAUGAAUGAUGUUUAUAUUUCGAAGCCACUUCAUAUUACAAAUAAUGUAAAGGUGGAUGAAUACGCUCCAUCUGGUUUUUUAAUUCGUUUCAACUUAAAACACUCCAAAUCACUCAACAAUCUUCAUGAUUCUGCCAAUUCCUCAAAUCGAUUUUUACAAAAUCAGUCAUCUAUUCUCAAUUUGGAAAGUUGUAGAGUUGGAUCUUGGAACGGAAGUUCCAUAAGUAUACCUUUUGCAGCGAGUAACAACCAAAGAUUUUCAAAUCAAAUAAAAAUUUCUGAAAAGUUUGAAUCUGCCAGUGAAAGUAAUGUAUUUAAAAUGCCACACACCAACGCUAUGCAUUCAAUUAGUCCAACGAAUGAAAGUGAUUUAAAUUAUCAGAAUUCAGAAAUUAGUAUACGAAGUCACGGAUUAUAUGAACCACAACCAGACAACGACCUAAACAUUACCCUAACUGAAGAGUUUCCAUAUCAGUCAUCGAACACCAGUGACGGGGAAGAUCCCUUAAAUGACUUUGAUGAUGAUAUUACGAAAACUGAAAAUUCAAUGGUGCAUUUAAUAAGUGAAAAUGAUCCAUCAAUUGAUGAACUAUAUGAAGCUAUAAAGCAUCACAAUACUCCUGUUAUUAAUCCAAGUCUGAAAACGAGCAAUGAGGAUCAUGUUGUAAUUCCGGUAGAUAUGUUAAUCACACCAUUUGCGGCGGCAGCAUCAGUGUCGACAAGUGUGGCGUCACCGUCUCAACGGAUGUCGACAUUUCCAUCUUCAAAUUUGUUGUCGAAGUCUUUUGCGGAAACAUCCAAUGACACGAUAGAGGACGACAGUAGUCAAAGUAGUAUUAUUUCAUAUAUUGAUCAAAAAAAUCUUAAAAGCUAGGACUGAAAAUAUCGUUGUUAAUAAGUAUAAAAUAUUGUUUAUAAGUGUAAAAUAUUUAGAAUACUCAUAGUUUCCUAAUAAAGUUAAGACCACAUUAAAA